UCGAGGAUACACAGCACAGCGGUGCACCCUGUAGAUUUACAUUUUAUCCGAGUCACAAGUCGCGUUUCCCUGCAUCCACAUUGCACGAUUUACCGCAGACUUUACUCCGUAGUUGUGUGCUGUUCCAACAUGGGGAAAAGAAGCAGGCAACGGCAGAAAAACCAGGCUGCUGGCAGGGACAACAGAGACAACGCUGGUUGGGGAGCUGGCUAUGCAGACAUUGUCAAGGAGAAUAAGCUUUUUGAGCACUACUACAAGGAGCAAGGGCUGGUGCCAGAGGGAGAGUUCGAACAGUUUAUGGAGGCGAUGAGGGAACCGCUGCCAGCCACCAUCCGCAUCACUGGAUACAAAAGCCAUGCAAAGGAGAUCCUUCACUGUCUGAAGGAAAAGUACUUCAAGGAUAUUCAGGAGCUGGAGAUCGAUGGCCAGAAGAUUGAGGCUCCACAGGCUCUGAGCUGGUAUCCUGAUGAGCAGGCCUGGCAUACUAACAUGAGCAGGAAGAUUAUUAGAAAGUCUCCCCUGCUGGAGAAGUUCCACCAGUUUCUGGUCAGCGAGACUGAGUCGGGUAACAUCAGUCGACAGGAGGCUGUCAGUAUGAUCCCUCCUCUGCUCCUGAAGAUUGAGUCCCACCACAAGAUCCUGGACAUGUGUGCAGCUCCAGGGUCAAAAACAGCCCAGCUGAUUGAGAUGCUCCACUCUGACAUGGAUGUGCCAUUUCCAGAGGGCUUCGUAAUUGCCAACGACGUAGACAACAAGCGCUGCUACCUGCUGGUGCACCAGGCCAAGCGUCUUAACAGCCCCUGCAUCAUGGUGGUCAACCACGAUGCCUCCUGCAUCCCCACACUGCAGAUCGACUCAGACGGCAAGAGGGACAUCCUCUUCUACGAUCGCAUUCUGUGCGACGUGCCCUGUAGCGGGGACGGCACCAUGAGGAAAAACAUAGAUGUGUGGAAGAAAUGGACGACCAGCAACAGCCUGCACCUCCACGGGCUCCAGAUGCGGAUUGCAGUGCGUGGGGUUGAACAGCUGGCUGUGGGAGGGAGGAUGGUCUACUCCACCUGUUCACUCAACCCUAUAGAGGAUGAAGCUGUCAUAGCGGCCCUGCUGGAGAAGAGCGAAGGAGCGUUGGAGCUGGCCGACAGCGCAGCUGACCUGCCAGGGCUGAAGUGGAUGCCUGGGGUCACUUCCUGGAAGGUGAUGACCAAAGAGGGCCAGUGGUUCUCGGACUGGUCCGAGGUUCCAAGCAGUCGGCACACACAGAUCCGUCCCACCAUGUUCCCGCCAAAAGACCCAGAGAAACUGGCUAGUAUGCAUCUGGAGAGAUGUAUGAGGAUUCUGCCACAUCACCAGAACACUGGAGGUUUCUUUGUGGCGGUGCUGGUGAAGAAAGCCCUGAUGCCGUGGAACAAAAGAUAUCCCAAGCUGAGGAAGGACGUGUCGUCCAGCUCAGCGGCGCAGACUGGGGGCUCUCCGGCGGCCUCGACCCCCGCAGACACUCCCCGCCUCCCCAAUAGUGCCGAGGGGGAGGGGGGCGGCCCAGAGGGAAAAGUGGAUGGGCAGGCAGAGGAGGAGGCACCCAAAGGAGCUUCUUUGGCUCAGGAGACUACUGCUAAACAAGAUGGAGUGUGUGGCCCUCCACCCUCGAAGAAGAUGAAGCUGUUUGGUUACAAGGAAGACCCCUUUGUGUUCCUAACUGAAGACGACCCUGUCUUCAACACCAUACAAUCUUUCUAUGAUCUGUCUCUCAACUUCCCCAAGCUCAAUGUCCUGACCAGGACCCACGAGGGCAAGAAGAGACACUUGUACAUGGUGUCUAAAGAGCUGCGCAACGUGCUGCUGAACAACAGCGAGCGCAUGAAGGUCAUUAACACAGGGGUGAAGGUGUGGUCUCGCAACAGUGACGGGGAGGAGUUUGGCUGUGCCUUCAGACUGGCUCAGGAGGGCAUCUACACUCUUCAGCCGUACAUUCGGUCCCGGAUAAUCAGAGUCAGUGUUGAGGACAUCAAAGUGCUGCUGACCCAGGAGAACCCCUUCCUCAGCAAACUGGAGGACGACGCUCACGCUCAGGCCAAGAAACUGGGAAUGGGUAGCAUUGUGUUGAAGUACAUUCCCAACCCAAAUAACCCAGCAGAGCCUCAGUGUCCCAUCCAGCUGUGUGGCUGGAGGGGAAAAACGUCUAUCCGUGCUUUCGUCCCCCGCAACGAGAGAUUUCAUUACCUCCGAAUGUUAGGCGUGGAGGUCUUCAGGGACAAACAGGGCCUGGGGCAGAAAAGGAGAGAUGGAGAAAAGGAAGGAAAAGAAGAGGUGGAGGAUGAGGAGGAAAAGGUCGCAGAGGAGGAAGAAGCGGCGGAAAAUGAAGAAGAGCUGGACUUGGAGAACAGUGGUGAAAACGGAUCAUCAGAACCAAAGACCGGCAGCAGCAACCAGGGGCCCAGCAGCUGAGAACGUAGAGGAGACGGGAGAGAGAAUGCAGGAUUGACUGAGGACGUAUUAGAGCUCUAAGAGCUGUUGACCAGAUCCAAGACCACGUGAUGUGGUAGAGGAGGGUGAUACGCUUCUACGGGUUUCUCUGUUUAUCACACUGCCAUUGCAGAAGGAUUCCCUCCCAGAGAUGGACUCCCUUGGGAUUUUUCGUUUUUGUGAUCCCUCCAGGAGUCAGCUGUUUAGUUUAAAGGCUUGUCUUAUUUUAUAUAGCUAUUUUUCAUGUUUUAACAAAUGUAUUCCACUGAUCAAGUGGCAUCCAUUUUUUUUUCAGUUGCUCUUGUUUGAGAGGUUUAUAUUAACUUCCAUCUCAUUUUUUACUCCUGUAAUUCAGCAGAAAUACAGAGUUGAUUAAAAGUGUGAACUAUUA